AUGGACGGACCCACGAUGAUGAUGCACAUCAGGGAGAUGCUGCGCUCCGAGAUCAAGGAGCCGAUGGUGGAAGAUUUUGCGGACGUGAAGACGCCCAUCGACAACGCGAGCAGGGGCGUCGAGAGACACGAGGGGCGCCUCAACAACAUGGAGCAGGAGAUCAAGGACCAACGAAAGGGACGUUCGGCGGCUCCCUCGUCCACGGCGGCUUCCUCCAUGGGGCAUCCGCUGCGCUUCUCGGGGGUCGAGGGCGCGACGGCUCGGCCUGUCGCGCGGGGGCCGAAGAGGGCGCGCGACAAGAUUUGCGCGACUAUUGGCGGCUGGGAUCGGGACACACCCCGCGGCGCCAUCCUGAACGAGGCUCGUGCGCUCACCGACGCCAAUCCCGACAAAGCAGGGGAUGGGGUGUUCGCCCCGCUCAAGCGUGCCAGUUCCUUGAAGGAAAUCCGGCUCUCCAUGAUGAUCCCACGCGCGAAGAAGGAGGUGACCGACAACCUAGGCGCGCAGGCGGCGGACCUCGAGCUAGACUACAUUCGAGGCAUCACCUGGUGGAAGCAGCACAGGUCCGGCGAGAUGGUGAGGACCACGGGUCCCAUGAGCUUCAAGGAGCACGUCGCCGCCGACAUCAGCGCCCACACGGGCGUGCACCUCAGCCUGAUCGAGUUCCAGGCCAAGGAGCAGAUGUGCUUCAAGCUCAUCAGCUGGAACGCUCAGGGCAUUGCGAAACAGAACGCCGAGUACUUUGCUGCGACGCUGCGCUCGCAGCACGACUACGACGCGGCCAUCCUCCAGGAGGUCGGCUACUGGGGCAAGACCACGAGGCUGGAGGUCGGCGAGGGCGACUUCUAUUUGGUCACACCGCGGGUCGAGGGGCAAAAGCAGAUGGGGACUAUGGAGGAGCUCUCCGACCUGAUCAUGAUGGCACCGCCUGGGCCGCACCCGAUCGCGGGCGCGGAUGCGCAGACGGUCGACUAUGUUCUGAUACCUGCUCGCGACAUCUGGAAGGUCGGCACAACGCUCGAGGAGAUCACCGACAGCGCGCAAUCCGACCACUCGGCCAUCAUGCUGGAGUUGACCCUUGGCACCAAGAGGCCCUACAUUUGGAACGAAGGUCGUGCGCCCACGAAGGGCUGGACCUGCCUCGACGACCGCCUCCAGCGCUGGAGCCACAGCGCCUGCUACGCCGACCGUAACCCAGCGCCGAUCACUUCCAUGACGGACGCGGACGGCCCCAAGCUCCCCGAGGGCCGCGAGCUCACGCAGACGCUGCGGGCGUUAAGGGCACGUCGCCGGGUCACCCGCGACCGCACGCAGCGGACGAUCUACAGCAAGGAUGUCAUCCAGAUUCGCAGGAAGAUAUGGACCGCGAACAGGGCCCUGCAGCACUACCUGCACGAGGCUGGCAAUCCCCGAGUACGAGCUUCUCGCCGAGCUCAGCCUGGACCGAUCCACAACCAGCCGACGAACGCGGAGGAAAAGAUCGAGGACGACCCGCCGCGGAUCAAGGAGCUCCUGGAGCGCGAGCACGGCAACACCCUCAGGGCCAGCGACCGGGCUCUGUGCGACAUGCAGGCCGUGAAGUCGCCUGGCGUGGACGGGGCGGUCGCCAAGGUCCUGCAGGCCCUCGACGCGGGCUUCCUUGCCUCGCCCGCGGCCAUCUUCGAGAACCGCUUCCGCGGGGCACCCGAGCAUGCCAGGGGCCAAGCCUGGUCGAAGUUCAUCAUCCAGCUCAUGAAGAAGAAGGGAGACAAGCACACGCACAAGGGGCACAGGCCGAUCACGCUCCUGACUACCUUCGAGAAGCUCCACUCGGUUGGCCCGAUGAAGAAAUGCGCCGACAAGUUGACCCUGCGGGGCCCACGGAGCGCCUAUCGGAAGUCCCACCAAGCGAUGGACGCGAUCUUCAGCAUGCGCAUGCUGGCGGAGAAGGGAUGGGCUCGAUCCAAUGACAACGAGUUCCCUGGCGAGUGCUGGACACACGGCCGGGGCCACGAGUUUCCAGGCGAGGCGACGCUGCACGAGGCGGGACUUCCGCACGCCGACAACUUCUGGCUUUUUGCGGGCACGGCCGAGCCGCUGCGCCAGAUGACGACGGCCUGGCGGCGCAUCCAGCGAGCUCGCGGCCGGCACGCACCUCCUCCUGGCAUGACCUGGGGCGCGACGGCGCUGGACCCCGAGUUCGGCGACUACCAGAUGAGGGUCGAGGACGGCGCCCUGACGCGCACGCCUCGUGCCGAGAGUUCCCCUUGCCUCGGCUCUAUCUUCACCUUCGAUGGAAGGUCUUGGAAGGACGCGCAGCACGGGGUAGCUCGCGCCUGGAAAGCCUUCUACGCUCUCAAGAUGUCUCUACCUGGACGCGCCUGCCGCUGGCAGCAGGCCGCGAAGCUGUUCGAGCGACCCCACGCGACAUGGGACAUAGACGUGAACCUUCGCAGGCUCACCCGGGCUGGACACCCAGCCCGCCAGGCCGCCCUGCCAGACGCCACACCUGCCCAGCUUGUGCCUGUCCAUCUGCUACAGUGGCGCAGCAUGGCCUGGCUCCACAGAAUGAAACGCGAGCACGGAUCCCAGACGCACGGCCCCAAGUUCAAGGCCUGGACCGUCAGCAACGCCGCGAAGACCCUCGCCGUGACGACCGACGUCAGGAUGUCUGCCAGCACCGGCGGGAAGAACCCCGUAGAGAUGGCCGACGCACUGCUCGCGAACACCUCGAAGACCGAGGAUACACAGGCCUCAGCAGUCAAGGCCCUGCAGGCCCUGGUGGCGGUGGCGGCGGCCGACCCGCCGCUGAGCUGCGACCUGCUCCGGGACAGCAACACGACCUGCGUGUUCAACGCGUCCCACUCGGCGCCGGGGGACAUCACGCUGGAUUGGAGCGGGAGCAUCGUGCUCGCGGCCCACGCCGUGCUGCAGGCCCCCUACGGCGGCGUCUCGCUGCGCGCCUCGGGCACCCUCCGCGCGGAGGCGGGCGCACGGGUGUCCGCGCGGGAUCACGUCGAACUCGCGGGCCGGAGCGUCACCGUGGUCGGCGGGAGCUCCGACGGCGACACCGUCAGGGCCUACGAGGGGCAGGUGACGAUCGGAGGGCGGUCGGCGCGGGCGGGCGUGGUGACGCUGCAGGGCGGCGCCCGUGUCCAGGGCAUGGACGUGGCGCUCCUCGGGGGCAGGGUGGAGGUGGCAGGAGGUGCAUCUGUCACUGCCGGUGAUGACCGACACCCCGAAGAUGGUAAUCAUUCAGUGACGAUAGCCGGCACAGGCGACACGGACGACUGCCCCAACGGCAUCCUCGUGAGCGGCCCGGGCACCGCGGUGCGCGGCGGCUCCGUGCGGCUGUCCUGCAACGGCAGCGCGGUCCGGGUGGCCGACGGCGCGAGCGUGGAGGCCUUCGCUCACGAGGGGGAGCUGCUGGUGCUCGGCGACUCCGUGGCGCUGACUGGCUGCAACACGUCCGUGAACGCCUCCAGGAUUCAGGUCGUGGCCAACGCCGCCGCCGGCGCGAACAUCAGCGCCGGCCUGGAGGGCGUCAGCCACCUGGAGAGGCCCGAGGACAGGUACAACGGAAUACUUUUUUUGAUUUGCGGCCCGCAAGGAAAAGUCCAGAGGGCGGUCAGAACGAGGCUGGGGCACAGCGCACGAUGA